GGCCGCGGGCGGGGUUCGGGCCCCCACGGGCCUGCGUGUGUCCCUCCGGGCCCCCGUGUCUCGCUGCGGCCACCGGUCCCGGUGGCACCGGGGGCCCGGGCCGCACAGGCCGUGGUGCGGUCUCCAGCGCAGGCAGCCCCGCGGUGUGACCGUGUCCGGGCUCCCCAAGGUCCCUGUCGGGACCGGCUUCCACAGGGCGGAUAUAAAUAAAAGCCUCGACUCCCGGCUUUUAGUGCUCGCCGCCCUGUCUCCCAGCCCACCCUCCGGGCUCGGGGGCCUCGUCCGGUGCCGCCACUCCCGCCGUGGGUGCCGGGGAACGGGGUUUGACACGGGUGCAGGCAGCAGCCGUCCUGCCGCGGUACCCGGGUGGCCUUUGGGGUGUAGCUGAAGGGGGCAGGCGUUCCCUGGGCAGGUGCUCCCGCAGCCCCUCCCUCAGCCCGCGGACCGGGACCCCGUCCCGGCGGCAGCUCCUGAGCGGCGGGGCUGCAGCGCCACAGGGACCGGCGGAAGGAGCUGCCCUGCCCGGUUCCCCUUCCCGCCGUCGGUACGGACCCUGCUGAUCGCUGCCGAAGCCCAGAGCCCGGCUGGGAAAGCCCCAAACCCGGCCGGCCCCCGCUGCGAGCUCCCUGGGCGGGGCGGAGCGGAGCGGCUGCUGCGGGAAACGAAACUGAAACGGAGCUUGCAGCCAUCUUAGCGCUGUCCCGGUGCCGCUUCUGCGGCUCGGCCUUUCUUUUUUUUCCCCUCUAUUUUCUCAUAAAAUAAUUUGGCGUGCGGAUGAGACUGAGGGCGGGAGAGUGCGGAGUGAGUGGCGGCUCCUGUCCCGGCUCAGCAGCAGCCUGGCUCCCCCGCGUGUCCCAGCAGUGCGCUAUGAGCAGAGGCGCUGGGCGAGGCAGAGGCUCCUGUCUCACCCAGCCGAGGCACCACUACCCCAGCACUAACCGAGGUCCUUUUAACCACCCUCGUACCCUACAAGAAACUAACCAGGAAAGCUUUUUACGCCAGCGCUUCCUAGCAGAGCAGGACGCUGAAGUCUCUGUGUUGCAGGGACAGGGAUCACACAAGGAGUGGCGCACCAGAGGCGGGCGAGCUGCGGCACCGGCUCCUGCAGGCAGAGGUCAGCCCAGCGCUGCCGGCCGUAGCUUCUUCUCCAGCCAACAUCCGCGGCUUGGGACUGUGCCUCGCUACUGCCCUCCGCAGCACCAUCGGCAGGAGAGCUCCCGGAGAGAGUCUGACGCUGUGAGGCUGAAUUUUCAGAGACUGUCUCUUGCUGGGCAGAACUAUGAAGGAGAAAUUCUGAGUGUUUUCAGGCAGCUCGGGGAGGGGAGGACUUGCACGGCUCAUGAGCUGGCACGUAAACUUAGAACUCAAAAGAAAGAGGUCAACCGUGUUUUGUAUAAACUCCUCAAAGAAGGGAAGUUGCACAAAGAGGGAGAGACACCACCACUGUGGAGGGUUGCCAGCCCUGGUUCAGGGAGAGAUAGAAGCCCCACUGACCACAGUGCCACCUGCACAGAUCCAGCAAAUUGUGAGAGCAGAGGGGGAGAGCGGAGCGCGUUUGGCUUGGGAGACACAGAGAUGGCUGAGACAAAGGAGAAAAUCUGCAACUACUUGUACAGUGUGGCAGAAACAACAGCUCUCAAUCUUGCCAAGAACAUUGGGUUUUCCAGAGCCAAGGAUGUUAAUGCAUUUCUUAGUGCUCUGGAAAAGCUGGGGGAUGUCCACAAGCAGAAUGCAACUCCACCACGGUGGUCCCUGACAGACAGGAAACGUGAGAGGAUGCAGAUGAGGAUGAAGGCCAGCACAAUAAUGCAGAUGGCAGAUGCCACACCUCCUGGGUCAGGUCUUCCCUCUUCCUUUGUCCCACCACGUCCUCCAGAGGUGACUGCAGCUUCACCAGCAGCGGUAAAAGAAGAAGAAGAAGAAAGUGCAGAAAAUGGGCAGCAGCCUUUGGGGCAGGCUGGUCAGGGCAAUGUCAGUGACACAGAAGCAGAUGCAUCUGAGGACACUAAGCCUGACUUCUCCAGUUUGAAUAAUUAUGAUAACUCAGAAAACAGCACAUGGACCACAGAUGAUAUCCCGGAUAAUCUGAAUGCAAUCAGCAAGCAGCCUGAUAAGUCAGAAGGCAUCAUGAAUUCUCAGUCUUCCCCCAGUUAUGCUGCCCAGUUUGAAACUGCUUUGCCAUGUACACCUGUAGAGAAACUGAUGGCUUGUCAGGAGAAGAACCCAGUGAGUGGCCUUACAGAAUAUUCCCAGUACACAUACCAACACUGUGAUUUCAUCAUGCUGGAGCAGAAUGGACCCUCUCAUGAGCCACGGUUUAAGUUCCAGGUCGUGAUCAACGGCCGCCGAUUCCCUCCAGCAGAAGCAGGGAGCAAAAAAUUGGCCAAGCAGGAGGCAGCAGCUAAUGCCAUGAGGGUCCUGAUGAGUGAAGUGGAGAAUGGAAGGCAAGGUGGAAUUAAAUGUGAGGAGCCAUUACCCUCCAACAGCUCAGAACCAGACCUGCCUUUGCAGCUGGAGCCAGAGCUGUCAUCUGCAGCAGCUCCCCUCAAUCUGCUUCCUGGGAAGCACCCUAUCAGCAUAUUAAUGGAGUAUGGUCAAAAAUCAGGGAACAUCAUUGAAUUCCAGCUGCUCUCUCAGGAAGGCCCACCUCAUGAUCCUAGGUUCAGCUACUGUGUGAAAAUGGGUGACCAAAUUUUCCCUGCUGUGGUAGGAAACAGCAAGAAGGGAGCAAAGCAAAUGGCAGCAGAAGUUGCUGUGAAGAUUCUUUCUGGAGAGUCUGUACCCCAUGUCUUGCCUGAACAGCCUGUUGUGAAGCCCCUCAGUGACCAGUCCAUGCACAAUAUUGCUGCUCCAGAUGAAUCCAAAGUGGUGAAAACAAAGGGUGUUGGGGAGCUCAUCAAAUAUCUGAAUGUCAAUCCUGUCAGUGGCCUGCUGGAAUACGCCCGUUCCAACGGGUUUGCUGCAGAGUUCAAACUCAUUGACCAGUCAGGACCUCCCCAUGACCCCAAGUUUGUGUAUCAGGCAAAGGUUGGAGGCCGCUGGUUCCCAGCUGUGACUGCACACAGCAAGAAGCAGGGCAAGCAGGAGGCAGCUGAUGCAGCUCUCAGAGUCCUCAUUGGGGAAUCAGAGAAGACCGAGCGCAUGGAAGGGAUGAGCAUCACUGAGCUCCCUGUGAGUGGCAGCACCCUGCACGAUCAGCUGGCCAUGCUGAGCCACCAGCGCUUCAACUCGCUCACUGCUCGCCUCCAGCACAGCCUGCUGGGCCGCAAGAUCCUGGCUGCCAUCAUCAUGAGGAGAGGAGAUCAGGGCCUGGGAGUGGUGGUCAGCAUUGGAACAGGUAAUCGCUGUGUGAAAGGAGAAGAGCUGAGCUUGAAGGGGGAGACAGUGAAUGACUGUCAUGCAGAAAUCAUUUCUCGAAGAGGCUUUGUGAGGUUUCUUUACAGUGAGCUGAUGAAGUAUGACCCAUCUAAUCCUUCCUCUGCAGAAGAGAGCAUUUUUGAGCAAGCAGGACAGAAACUCAAAAUAAAGAGCAGUGUUACCUUCCACCUCUAUGUCAGCACAGCACCAUGUGGGGAUGGAGCACUCUUUGAUAAAUCCUGCAGUGAUCAGCCAAAUGAAAUGGGACAUACCCAACAUCAGCCUCUCUUUGAGAACCUCAAGCAAGGCAAGCUGCGGACCAAGGUGGAAAACGGGGAAGGCACCAUUCCUGUGGAGUCAAGUGACAUUGUGCCCACGUGGGACGGGAUCCAGCACGGGGAGCGCUUACGGACCAUGUCCUGCAGUGACAAAAUCUUACGCUGGAAUGUUCUGGGCUUGCAAGGGGCAUUGCUGUCACACUUCCUGGAGCCAGUUUAUCUCCACUCUGUGACACUUGGUUACUUGUACAGCCAGGGUCACUUGACCCGUGCCAUCUGCUGCCGUAUGGAGAGGGAUGGGAGCACUCUGAAGGAAAAGCUCCAGGCUCCAUAUCACAUCAACCACCCUGAGGUUGGGCGAGUCAGCGUGUACGACUCUGCAAGGCAGACGGGCAAGACCAAGGAGUCAUCAGUGAACUGGUGUCUUGCUGAUGAAGGCGAAGUGGAAAUCUUGGAUGGCACCAAAGGGAAAGUAGAUGGUGUGAAGCUGGAGGUGUCUCGUGUGUCCAAGAGGAAAAUGUUCACCCUGUUCCAGCAGCUCUGUGCAAAGAACAACCGCAAAGACCUGCAGGGUUUCUCUGUGUACUCAGAUGCCAAGGAGGCAGCCACAGCUUACCAGGCAGCCAAGCAGAGCUUCUUCAGCACGCUGGAAGAGCUGGGCUACGGCAGCUGGAUCCGCAAACCCCAAGAGGAAGAAAAUUUCUCUGUCCUUGAUGUGUAAGGAAGCAUUCUGCAAGGACUGGGGGGUGAAUGUGCACAGGCUGUGCUCAUCCUCCUUUCACCACGUUUUUGGAGUGGGUUCAGGACUGUGCAGUGGUUUCCUCGUAGGCCUGGCUGCCUUGUCACUGUCACUCAGAGCCUGUGUUUUUAAAAUGUGCAUGUAAAUGAUUCUCCUGUUUUUUAAAGCAAGGGCAGGCUCAGUCCCCAUUUGCUUUUUUAUAGUUUUGUCCUCCCCGUUUAUUGUUUUUUAAAGAAGGCACGAGAAACCAGAGGAAUUUUCAAGACUGUGAGCUUGAAACCUUUGGACCAUGUACUGCAAAUCCCUCUGGCAGGUUUUGAGGCAAAUUUUCUCCUUUGAGAUUAAAAAAAAAAGAAAAGCUCAGGC